ACUGACAUGAAAGUGAUGAAAAUUGAAAACUGAAUUUGCGGAAAUUUGAACAGAAAUUAGAAAAUAGAAAUACAAUACCUAAAAAAAACAUUGUGCAAAACAUUAGUCAAAUUACAAAUAACAGUAUGCUAAUUAUCUAAUUAAUAAUGUUUGAAUCUGAUGAUUAUGAUCAGGUAUGAUUUUUUGCAGGUAUUAUCCCAGUUAGAUUUGCCUGAGGUGUCCGAAUCGGGUAAACUUGUUAAAACACCACAGCUUCAGAGCAGAAAUGCAACCACUAUUGAUUUAUCCACGGUAGAACAAGUGCCUUUGAUUAACAACAAAUUAGAAUGUAAUUCUCAAAAUAAAAUAGGUGAUAAGGCAAUAGAGCUUAAAAGAAAAGCAAAUAAUGAAAAUGAAAUAUCACCAAAGCAUACCAAGAGAAAAAUUAUAAAUUCACAUUUUGAUCACACAAAUAAAAGAAAGUUUCCUGGUCCUGCUGGUUUACUCACAGGAACUUUGGAGGAAACAAACAACAAUCCAUUAUGUCAGAUGGAAUUACUGUCACAGGACAUAGACUCAACACAAAAUAAUUUGCAACAAGGUCUUUUUGAAACACCCCUGUGGAAGAGGCUUUUAGAAGAUACAAAAAGUAUUAAAAAUGUCAACACAAUCAAAUCCAUAAAACAACAGGCAUUAGCAGGCAAUCUUAGGAGAAGGAAGGCGGAAAUUGUACAAGCUUUUGUAGAAACUAUAGAUAGAUCUGCUAUAGACCCUUUAAUAACAUUAAGAGAUGCAACGGGUCACAUAAAAUGCACCCUGCACAGGGAUGCAUGGACAAUCUUCGCACCAUAUAUAGCAUCGGAAUAUUGUGCUCUAGUCCUCAAAAACCCAACUGUGCUAACAACUGGCAGUGCUUUUAAAAACCAUUACCUGAAUAUUACAAUAAGUAAUAUAUACUACAUUUAUAGCAUGGCAAUUGUAAAUGAUGAAGAAUUGCCAAAUGGUUUUGUAAAGAUGUCUAAUGAGGAAUUUAUGAUUAUAAAGCGUGAGAAACAAAUAUCAGAUAUUGAUAGUUCACCUACCAUACAAGUUGAUGAAAUGGAAGAACUAGAAGGCUUAGAUUUUUCUGAUAUCUUUUAAAUGUUAAAUAUUAUGUUAAAGUGUAUAUACUUUAUUACAGUUUUCUAUGCAA